CAGGUCAUUAAAUAUCACUCGGCACUUCCCUUUUACAGAAAGUCCGUACAAUAUUUCUCCCCUAAAGGUGAGAAUCCAUGUCGAGGGUGUGAUCAAACACAAUUGUCGGACCUUUGGUGCAGCGAGAUUAUAGAGAAUGGACGUGUUGCUGUCUAGUCCUACUGCAUCCACAGCCGACCAAGAUGUACAACUGACUGCAAUUCAGCUCGAACUGAUAAAGGAGGCCAACUCACCACCACCUCCAAAAGAUGCACACGCCGCUGCCGUGGUGAAAGACGCUGCUCUGCGAAGGGCUGUACAUGAUACGAUUGUGCAGCUGUCAGAAAUUGUCUCUGAGAACUCACUGAGAAGUUUGCUUCCCUUCCUACAUUGCGGCGCUUGGGAUGAACUUGUUGAAGAACGUUAUUUGGGAAACCCGCGCUUAUGUGGUUUUCCACUCUGUGGUGAAGUCAUCGAGGCUAGAAUGAGGAAGCAAAGAUACCACAUUGAUAGAGUUGCUCGCAAGAUCUACGAGCAUCGCAUUGAAACUGAUAUGUACUGCUCGCGUUUUUGUCUGAUGCGGUCGGCUUCUGUUCGGGCACAGCUCCCAGAAGAGCCUUUGUGGCUUUCUGGAGAUUUUUCAGAAAGACUGACUUCCUGUUAUCGUAUCGAUGGACCUGAAGAACUCGAAAAGCCGGAAAAGAAGGAGAUAGAAAUUGUCAGCGCGGAGCAACAGAAGCUCAACGAACUGAAGAUUAGGGAAGCUGAUUCGUCUACGGAGUCUGAGACCGAAGACAACGAUGAAAGCGAGACGGACGUAAAAGGAUUCCUUGACGAGGUCGCUGAUAUCAUAGGUGCAGAGGAUCUUGAAAAGAACAGGAAGGAAGUAAAAGUAAACAUCUCUUCCAAGUCAACUCCGAAGACCAGCCCUGCUGCUAAGCGGGAUAAUCCGUCAGAUACGAAGAUUUCGCCAAAAAUCACCUCUAGGAAGAGUUUAGACAGUGCUGGAAAUACAGUGAAGCCUUCACCUGAGUCACCCAUUAUAUCAUCGCCCUCAUCCAUCGCAUCCAGUGGCAAGACUGCAUCAAAGACUCCUGAGCACGCUUAUAAUCCUAGGCUUCCUGAUCCUCAAAUGGCUGAGGAUGUUACUUUCACUACUGAUGAGUUAGAAAAGAUUGCGCGAUUGAGGUCAAAGUACUCCAAGGAUUGGUGCAAGAAGAAGCCAAUAUUAGUCGAACCCGUUCCAGCCUCGCCAACUUCGCCCAAAAAGGCAUCGGAAGAGAACGCAUCGAAGACCGAUCAUUCUAUGGAAGCUGGUACUUCAACAAAAUCAUGUGCGGAACCUCACUUCUCUCCUGCUGUACCUCAUCUUGUUGAAGAUGUUCGAGCACUGUUGAGGGGUUGGGCUACUGAGCGUACCCGACAGCUUCUUCGAUCCGGAGGUCUGAGUGUGUCUGGGGAGGUGGACUCGCUAAUGAAGCAGUUCUAUCGUCCGUACAGCGAUGAUGUAGCAGAAAUGAAUGAUCGUGUACUACCCGACGUAGAUUCAAUAGAUGUUCGCAGAAAAAGGCUUCACAUCUUUCUUGAAUCCAUAAAAAAGCAGAUGACCGCUUAUCAACGAGAACUAGCCGUUCCGUCAUCUGAGACCAACUGGCAUUAUAUGAUAGCAGCCACAUUUGACCUUGAGCCGAAUACGAUCACUGACUUUUCCAGCAAUGUACUGAAGCUGACGUGCUGCGUGUUGCUGAGACUGAUUUCGCUGCUUGACACAUCCGUAGAAGACACUAUUUAUCCAGGCGGCAAACCUUCAGACAAGCUUGUACAGUUACUUACGGAACUAGAUGUUGAUACGAGAUUAUUUGAUAGCUUGAUUUCGGAGGUUGUGAGUGAAGAGAAAGCUUAAUAAAUUGCAAAAUAUCA